UACCCCACGGCGCUCCAUGGAAACACGCUCACUGCUGGACUUUUGUUUACAUUCUUGGGGAGCCAACAGUUACGGGCAGCUGGGACAGGGAGAUGUGGAGGACCAGUCCGUGCCUCGGCUCUCUGACAGCUCCGCUCUGCAGAACCGGGCGGUCCGGACGGUCAGCGGCGGCGGGGGACACACCGUGGUGAUCACCGAGAGUGGCGAAGUGUUUGUGUGUGGACAGAAUCACAAAGGCCAGCUGGGACUCGGCCACAAGACCGACAUCUUAGUUCUUCAUCACUGCCCUGUCCCGAAUAGAAGAAUCACAGAUGUAGCCUGUGGUUGGGAUUUUACUCUUUUUCUCAGUGAUCGUGGUCAGUUACUGGCAUGUGGAUCAAAUGCAUUUGGUCAACUGGGCGUUGGACAGACAGUCACACACUCUGCAGAGCUGCUUGUUGUCGAGAGUCUGAAGAAGCCAGUAGUGAGUGUAGCAGCAGGACUGAGACACUCGCUUGCUGUUACUGACUCUGGUGCUGUUUAUCAGUGGGGGACGGGUCUUUAUAGUCAUGCUAAAAGAGCUCUCAGUCCACUGCCUGUUCCACCACACCUCAGCUCUAAGGUGCCCUCACUGGUACCAGGUCUGGAUCACAGGAUGUCACGCUUGGUAGCAGCAGGCUCAUGUCACAGCGUGUGCCUUACAGGAGAUGGUGAUUUGUUCCUUUGGGGAAGCAACAAGCAUGGUCAGCUGGCCACCACAGAGCCCUUUCUCCCGUCUCCCACUCUCCUGAGAAGAUCUCUGUUGGACGGAGAGAAAGUCAUUAACGUGUGGAGCGGCUGGACACACGUUGUCGCUCAAACAGGCACGCUGACACUGUUGCAUUUACUUUCAGCGAGUGGCAGGGUGUUCACAUGGGGCAGAGGAGAUUAUGGACAGCUGGGCCGACGAGUAUCGACAAAUAAGGACUCAAAGCAGCAGUCAACAAGCCCGGCAGCAGACGGUGGCAGCUUGAAAGUUUGCACACCUGCUGAGGUUAAAGAGCUCUGCGGAGCAACGCAGAUAAGCUGUGGAUCUGAACACAACCUUGCCAUUGUAGGGGGCCGCCUCCUCUCGUGGGGCUGGAACGAACACGGGAUGUGUGGAGACGGCUCGCAGACAGACGUCUCUCAUCCACAGCUCGUUUGUGGGCUCAGACCGCUCCUCGCCGGCUGCGGAGCCGGACACUCCUUGGCAGUGAGCGCUGCGACGGCAGACUAGAGAUCAAGCUGAAUCAUUGGAGCAGUAACUUUGAUUCAGCGCGGCGAUCAGACACCGUGAAAUAAGGAAUGACUGUUUGGGAUCAACAUAUUUCCUUGACUGUCCAGUAACUUUUGCCUUCAGCAAAAGAUGAUCCAAGCCACUUGAGAAGACAGUUCUUGUCAUAAAUAUCGUAUGUAUUGUUGGACCCAGGCUGAGUUAUGCCGCAUGUGGCAGAGGUCAUCAUUUCUCUGGCCGGCCUGUUACUUUGAUGGACACGAUGAGGGCAAUUGAUACGGCCGUACCUAUAGCUGCAGGUUCAGCCCUGGCGUUUGUCUUCCCGGGCGACGCUGUUAGAGACGGUGUGAGGGAUGGGCUGCGCCGCCGCCGCAGCUCUAUCUUCACAUGUCACCGGUUUUAUUGCUGUGAUCCUGGGUGUCAGGAGGCAGUCAAUCUCUGUGCAUCAUACUGAAAAUCUGCCUGUCAUCUCGUGAUUUACCCCUCGCACAGAUUUCACCUGUCCGCGUCUUAUUUAUGUACCCCGUCACUUUCUUUAAUGCGCUUUCAUACUUCGUUAAUACAUAUCGAGAGGCCGCUCCUCACUGCGGAGACCCCGCCUACAUAUUCAUAAGCGGCGGACAGCCGCAGUGCAGUACCUGCGGACCGGUCGCAACUGUAACGGGCUUCGGUCUGAGCCAAGCUCAUUUUUUAAAUUAAUUUUAGAGGCUCACAAAUAAAUUUAAUUUUGGCUUAUGCAAGCCAAAUGUGGAAAGCAAAGUCAUCACUGCAGUUCUGUUUGGGAAAUUAAAGAGGUUUUACCCUGAUUAGUUUUGAACAAAAAAAUAAAUAAAUCAGCACUCAUUGAAAAAAAAUUGUUUUCUGUGUUUUUUUUUAUUUAGCACUAUUUAUUGUACAAGUCUGAACUUGGUUAGUCAAAAAAGACACAAAAAAAAAAAAAAAAAUCCCUAAACAACAAACCAAUAAAAACGAUCACUGAACACCUUAUUGGGAUAACUAACCACAAAAUGCACGGUGUUCAAAACACACACUCCGUGAUCUCACUAAAUGGCACACAAUAGUUGCCUCUUAGUUGCAUUAUUGAUUCCGUUUCAAGUUAGUAGCUGCUGUUAUCUUUGAUUUCAUCUGGUUGGACGGCGACGAGCACGCCGUCCCCGCCUCCCCAUUGAUUCUCGGCUCUACUGGCAGAACUAGAUCUGCUUCACCGGACCGCAUGCAGAUCCCAGCGAGUUGUUGGCAGUGUGGUUGCAGUUGUUUGGUAAAAAGUUGGUCCCUUCUCACUAACUUUUCCACACAAACAAUCUGGAUCUGUACGUUUUUGUUAAUCAGUUUUCAUGCGCUUUAAUUAGUUUUGCUCGCGUUUGGAAGCUGAUCCCAAUGGGCGUCCUUUUCCGUAUUUGUACACUUUUGAAUAUUGAACUUGAUCAUUAUGUCAGUGGCUGGUGGCUGAUGGCUAAUUUAACAGAACACAUACAUUGGUUUAUAAUGUAGGUUAAGCUAUACUCCUGAAUGAUAAGAAGGAUUUGCAUAACAGAGGCACUUGUCCAGGAUGAUGAAUGUCAUGAUUUUGGCAUUAGUUUGUAUUUUUACACUAAUAUUCCAAUUUGCACGUGCACAGAAAACAAAGAAUCCAAUUGUACAUGAUUGUCAAACUAUUACUUCUGUUCAACAGAAUAAGCAAUAAUGUCCUAACUAUAGUAUGGAUAUAUGUAUUUGAUCCAUAAAUUGUACCUGAAAUAAAAAAAAUGACUAUUAUUCCUCUUUUAAUAUCCUGAAUUUCAUCUCUAUUAAUAACCAUUUUCAAACAGCACAACUUGCCAUAAUAAUGCAGAAAUACUCAAGUUAUAGUGGUCUUAUGACCCCUUUUCCAUCAUUAUUAUUAUUAUUAUUAUUAUUAUUUUAUUGUUUAGUUUAUCUAUUUAAUGCAUGAAAAUAUACCAAAGGAAUGUCAAAAGUUCACUGGUGCAAAACAGUGCAAAAAGUCUACAAAAAUGUGACCAUGACAGUGCAAAGUUAUCCAUCUGUUUCCAACUGUUAAGUCUUGCUGACAAGUGACAAGUUUUUUUUUUUGUUUGUUUGUUUUUUGCUGAAGAGGAUGUGAAUAAAGUCGGAGCAACAUUUUUUUUUUUUUUUUCCCUUUCAACAGAAGAAGCACACAGAUAUUUGAUGAUCACUCGAAAACAUUGGUACACACAGCUUCGGCACACA